AUGAAUAAAACAAACCUCCUUGUUGUUGUCGUUUUAUUUCUCAUCCUCCUCCAACUUUUAACAGUUGUCAUUGAUGCUAGUACAUGCCCACCUGGAACUUAUUAUCAAGAGAUUUUGCACAGACCAUCUUGUCAUGAAUGUUUCUAUGCAGAAUAUUGUCCAGGAGAUGGUAAUAAUUAUCCAUGUCCUAGAGGAACAGUUACUCCUGAGGAAGGAAUGGUGGCAUGUGUCAAAUGCCCAACUAUUAGAACUAAUAGUGAUCAAACUGUUUGUCUGUUAGCUGACACACCAAAGGAUGCAAGGGAACCAGAUAUCAAUGAUGAUGAGAAUGAAAUUUAUACACUUGACAGAAAGACACCUCAUUGGUAUACCACUAUUCCAGUAUAUGGUUUGCCAGUUGGUAAACCUAUGGAAUUGGAAUAUGCUUUUGUUCCAGAACAAAGCAAAUAUGACGUUCCAUUGACAAUGUUUGCUUCCCUUACAACUGGUCAACCAAAUAAGAAUAAUUUCACAUGGUCAUUUGAGGGAAACAAUGCCACCAUUAUUAUUCCCUACACAAGACCAGACGAAAACACAAACUUUUUCAUAAUUUACUUUAAUGUUGCCCCAACUACAGUUCAACAGAAUUCUGUCAAAUUCAUUGGCAGAACUUUUAAGGGAUUCCAAGCAAAGUUUAGUUUCGUUCCAAACACAAAGAAUAGCAAAGUCAUUGAUAAUAUUGUAAACGAGGAAAAUCAAGUAGUUCUUGAAUGGAAUAAUGUUCCAUCUGUGGGAAGAUUUAAUGUUUCCAUUACUUUGAAGGAUUUGUCUCAUGAGGAUGACAGCUAUAAGUCGUAUAGUGUUUGUUAUUCGAAACAACCUUCGAUCACUUAUCCAAAUAGUUUCAAUUCAAAUCUUGUGGUUGCUGAUAAUGUGAAUAAGCAAAUCAAUAUCAUUUUACAAAAUGCUGUUGGAGGUGUUGUUAGAAUUGGAGUUGUGUUUGGUCAAUUGAAUAUUGUUCAAAUAGAUUCUGAGCUUCGAAUUCUUUCUAAUAAAUAA